GGAAGUUUGUGGCUGUAUCGCAGCACCGCCGCCUCCGCAGAUGACACACGCAGAGGAGGAGGUGACGGGGAUUAGAGACGAGCCUCAUCAUUAAACGAUCACAUCGGGAAAAAAUGGGAAAUACAGACUCAAAGCUACAUUUCAGGAAGGCGGUGAUCCAGCUGACCACGAAAACGCAGCCUGUGGAAGCCACAGACGACGUGUUCUGGGAUCAGUUCUGGGCUGAUACUGCUACCACCGUUCAGGAUGUGUUUGCCCUGCUGCCUGCCGCUGAGAUCCGAGCCGUCCGGGAGGAAUCGCCCUCCAAUCUGGCAACACUGUGUUACAAGGCAGUGGAGAAGUUGGUUCAGGGAGCCGAGUCCGGCUGCCCCACAGAGAAGGAGAAACAGAUCGUGCUGAACUGCACUCGCAUGCUGUCUCGAAUCCUGCCCUACAUCUUUGAGGACCAGGACUGGAGGGGGUUCUUCUGGUCCACCGUCCCGGGCACUGGCAGAGCCGGGAUGGAUGAUAUGGAGGAGGAAGAUGAAGGCGCCCGUCCGCUGGCAGAGUCUCUCUUAUUGGCUGUGGCUGACUUGCUCUUCUGUCCAGACUUCACUGUUCAGAGCCACAAGAAAGGAAGACCUGACUCGGUUGAGGACAUGCAAUCACUGGACAGCUGUGAAUAUAUCUGGGAGGCUGGAGUGGGUUUCGCUCAGUCCCCCCCUCUCAACUACAUCCAUGAUAUUAACAGGACUGAGCUGCUGAGGUUACUGCUCACCUGUUUCUCAGAGGCAAUGUACCUGUCGCCAACAUCAGAUAACAGUAUUCUCAACCCCUGGGUCACCUUCUUCUGUUCCACUGAAAACAGACACGCUCUACCUCUCUUCACCUCCCUGCUGAACGUGGUGUGCGCGUAUGACCCGAUAGGUUACGGGAUCCCCUACAACCACCUGCUCUUCUCUGACUACCGUGAGCAGCUAGUGGAGCAGGCCGUGCAGAUCCUCAUAGUGACCCUGGAGCACGAGGGCGGACAGCCGUACCGCCCAUCCUCCCCCUCCAGCAUGGGAGACCAGGAUUCUGUUGGUCCAAAUAACCUGUUUGUGAAUUACCUGUCCAGAAUUCACAGGGAGGAGGAUUACGACUUUGUGCUGAAAGGUUUGGCGCGGCUGCUGACCAACCCACUCACUCAAACAUACCUGCCCAACUCAACCAAAAAGAUCCAGUUUCACCAGGAACUGCUGGUCCUCUUCUGGAAACUCUGUGACUUCAACAAAAAAUUCCUGUUCUUUGUGCUGAAGAGCAGUGAUGUGUUGGACAUAUUAGUGCCUAUUCUGUAUUACCUGAAUGAUGCCCGAGCUGACCAGUCCCGGGUCGGCCUCAUGCACAUCAGCGUCUUCAUUCUGCUGCUGCUGAGUGGAGAGAGGAACUUCGGUGUGCGUCUGAACAAGCCGUACUCGCUUCACGUCCCUAUGGACAUCCCUGUGUUCACGGGCACACAUGCCGACCUGCUCAUCGUGGUUUUCCACAAGAUAAUAACCAGUGGCCAUCAGCGUUUGCAGCCUCUCUAUGACUGUCUGCUCACUAUUGUGGUAAAUGUGUCUCCCUACCUGAAGAGUCUUUCCAUGGUUGCGGCCAACAAGCUCCUGCAUCUCCUGGAGGCGUUCUCCACCACCUGGUUCCUGUUUUCUGCUCCUCAGAAUCACCACCUGGUCUUCUUCUUGCUGGAGGCCUUCAAUAAUAUCAUUCAGUACCAGUUUGAUGGUAACUGUAAUUUGGUGUACGCCAUCAUUCGGAAGCGCAACGUCUUCCAUCAGCUGGCCAACCUGCCCUCUGACCCCACCACCAUUCAGAAGGCCUUGCAGAGGAAGAAGAAAUCUCCAGAUGUCAUAUCUCGCACCAGCUCGCAGGAGACGGUGUCCAUGGAGGGCUCACGCCCAGCUGUGCCGGCUGAACCCGGCACUCUGAAGGCCAGUUUGGUGGCCAUGCCAGGCAUUGAUAAACUGACGGAGAAGUCGCAGGUUUCAGAAGACGGUACUUUGGUAGCUGUGCCUCAGACAGAAUCCCCACAAACUCCUGAACACAGCGUUGCUGCUGGAACCAGCGACACAGAGUCCAUCUCAGGAAGAGACAAUGAGGAUGUCUUCUACACUGAGGCAGAGAUGGCAAGGAGACGUCUGUCCAGCUCAUCAUCGUCUGCCAUCAGCCACUGGAAUCCUAAGCCAGACUGGGUCCUGUCCUGGAAGAGCAAACUCCCACUGCAGACCAUCAUGCGAUUGUUGCAAGUGCUGGUGCCACAAGUGGAAAAAAUCUGCAUUGACAAGGGUCUAACGGAUGAAUCUGAGAUCCUGAAGUUUCUUCAGCAUGGCACUCUAGUGGGCCUGCUGCCUGUGCCCCAUCCCAUUCUCAUCAGGAAAUACCAGGCCAAUGCAGGAACUGCCAUGUGGUUUCGCACAUACAUGUGGGGAGUCAUUUACCUGCGUAAUGUGGAUCCUCCCAUCUGGUACGACACCGACGUGCGUCUCUUUGAGAUCCAGAGGAUGUAAGAAUGAGCUGAGAGCCCGCAGACUUCAUAUUGCCUUGUCAUUUCGCUUUAACCCAUUCCCUAGAGAAGAGGCGACACAUCAUAGACUGUGAGAAUCCACAAGAAGUGCCCAUAGCUGCCGGACGGCCUAUCAGUGGUCUGUUUGCCCUGGCUGGUGUACAGAUGAUAAAGUGUCUAAAUAUAAAUCAUGCGCUCUGAUAGUAAAAGCAUACUGUGGUUAGCAGCUUAGGCAGCCUGGAUAUGUGAAACUCUCUCACUGUGGUUUUUAUAGGAACUUGUUGGUGCUUGUUAUAAGAAGGAUUGCUAUAGGAGAACCUUAUGAAAAAUUGAUAGGAAGUUGUUAGAUAAGAAGCAUUGGAAAAAGCAUCUCGAUUGUAUUAUGACCACAAGAGGGCGAUCUUGAUAAAUCCUCUUUUUUUGUUAUCUGUUAGAAUGUUUGCAUACGUACUCCCAAAUUUCACUGUAGUUAUGUCAGGUAUGAAGAGUAACUGGAAGGAAAAUGAAGAGGAAAUAUCAAAAGCUGGUUUAGAUUAACUGCACCAGUAUUCAUAUACAUCACGAAAGUGUAAAAAAAAAGAAAAAAAAAUGUUUUCAAAGUAUUAUAUAGCAGUUGUUUGAUGGUAUAGCAAUAUCUCUAUUUUUGUCGGCAUAUCCGUUUUACUAAUGAGAUACUGUAAAUAUUGCUUGAUGUUUUAAUUAGAAACGAUUUCUAAUAUAUGUGAAAUAUAUGAAACUAUCUAAUGUUGACCAAUAAGCUUGCGGUUACUGAAUUUCUGAAUAUGUUCAUCAUAUUGUUUAAAGUGCCGAGGACUGUAACCAGAAUGUUUUUCUUCAUUUGCGUGCUUGUGGAACAGAUCAAGACAUUGCAUUUGUACAUGUAUUUUAAUGUUUUGUGUACUUGUGCAAUAAUCAUCCAAAUAUACUGAGAGGAUGUAGAGUACAAAAACA